UUAAAGACACAGAUCGAUUGACACCAAAUCGUGGAAUAUUUAAUUAUUUUUGUUUAAAUCCAUUAAUCUCUAGCUCUCGCGGCUACUGGAUCGUAGUAGCUCCAAACUUUGUACUUCGAAGCUGAAGAGAGAGCUUUUGAAGAAGAGAAGGGAGAUUUCGAGAAAAGCUCUCUCUCAACACAGUUCCCCAAAGUCUGGGAUGUCGCAGAGAAAGAAGAGUCGUCUUCCAUUAGCGGCUUUUCUCUUCAUUCUCCUAGUCACCUUUACGAUCCUCUACAACGAGCGUAGCAUUCAGCAGAUCCACCACCACCACACGAAUCGCGAGCAAAACCUCCGAGAAGCUUCCACUUUCACUUUCGUCCAGCCCAAUGUUCCUUGGAAUCAGCUCGGAGCUCACGAGGUUUUGGAUAGAUUCAGCAGAUGCAACUCGACGAAGGAGUAUAGUGGGAAGAAAAUCGGAUGGGUUGACCCGUAUGAGGGCACGGGUCAAGGAUCUGAGAUUGGUGCAGAGGAGGAGAAAUGUGAUGUCUUCUCUGGGAAAUGGGUCUUUGAUAAUUCAUCAUACCCUUUACACAAGGAAUCUGAGUGUCCGUACAUGUCUGACCAGCUGGCUUGUCAGAAGCAUGGGAGGCCAGAUCUGGAUUAUCAACAUUGGAGAUGGCAACCUCAUUCCUGCAACUUGAAGAGGUGGAAUGUGACAGAAAUGUGGGAGAAGCUGAGGGGAAAAAGAUUGAUGUUUGUUGGAGACUCGUUAAACAGAGGCCAAUGGAUAUCAAUGGUUUGUCUGCUGCAGUCUGUAAUCCCACGUGAGAAGCAAUCCAUGUCCCCUAACGCUCCGCUCACCAUUUUCAGGGCAGAGGACUACAAUGCGACGGUGGAAUUCCUCUGGGCUCCGUUGCUGGUGGAAUCAAAUUCUGAUGACCCUGUUAAUCACAGAUUGGAAGAUCGGAUUAUCCGACCAGAUUCAGUUCUGAAACAUGCGUCAAAGUGGCAACAUGCUGAUAUCUUAAUCUUCAACACAUACUUGUGGUGGAGGCAGGACCCUGUCAAGAUCCGAUGGAGCAGCGAAGAGAAAGGGUCAUGCGAGGAAGUGAAGGGCGCCGAGGGAAUGGAAAUGGCGAUGAAUGCUUGGGCUGCUUGGAUUGCUAGAAAUGUCGAUCCGAACACAAAGCGGGUUUUCUUCGUUACAAUGUCUCCUACACAUCAAUGGAGCCGAGAAUGGAACCCGGGAAGCCAAGGAAACUGCUACGGGGAGAAGAAACCGAUAGAGGAAGAGAGUUAUUGGGGAAGUGGGUCGGAUAUUCCGACGAUGAGAAUGGUGGAGAGAGUUUUAAAGAGAUUGGGACCAAAGGUUUCAGUUGUCAACAUCACUCAGUUGUCCGAGUAUCGUAAAGACGGUCAUCCCUCGGUGUACCGCAAAUUCUGGGAACCUCUAAACCAAGACCGGUUGAAUAAACCGGCGUCCUAUUCGGAUUGUACUCAUUGGUGUGUACCGGGAGUUCCUGAUGUCUGGAAUCAGUUGCUUUUCCAUUUUUUGUGAAAAUUAAAUGAAUAUAUCCUUUUUGGCCAU